AAGCCAAAUGCCAAACCUUUGCUAGCACACACUAUUCUUGGAAUUUUGCAAGCCAAAUGCCAAACCUUUGCUAGUGGUAUGUAACAAAAGUCCCUAGAAAAUGCCAAGUUGUGCUUCUAAAGAAUGUGGUAAAAUCUGGUCGAUUUUAGUUGCGGAAUAACACUAUUUGGAGAAAUAAAUCACUCAAGACAUAAAAGGAGACACUUUUUCUUUCAUUUCCUCUGUGACAUAUUCCCCAACGCAGCCAUUAAGUCACUACCUUCUACAGGAAAUUCUGUGGUAAAACCAGAAAGAUUCCAUCAAAACUGACGAAACAAAACCGUGUGCAUGUCCUGUGGCUGCUCACUGCCGAGCCUGACUGCGAGGAGUGAGCUGCUCCCUGCACUCUGGAUUGAAUGGAAACUGCUGAGUUCUAUUACGUUUAUUACUUAGCCCAGGAUUAUCUGCAGUAUGUGCUCCAGGAAUCACACCUCGGGCCAGCCCAGACCAGGGUUGCUCAUGUCUUGAGAACCAUGGCAUCCUCUCUGCAAGACCAAACCGAGGAGGCUCUCAGGCCACUCCUGGACAGGAUUGACAUCACCUCUGUAGCUGUUGCCAAGAGAAUUUUCAACGGAGUCAUGGAUGAAAAGUUUGCUGAUGGAAAUACUAACUGGGGACGAAUUAUGACCAUAUUUACAUUUGGAGGUCUUCUCACCAAGAAGCUUCAAGAGCAUGGGGUUCAGCUGACUGCAGAGGAGAAGGAGCAGAUCUCUUAUUUCAUCACAGAGUACAUCAUAAACAACAAAGCUGAAUGGAUUGAUGCGAAUGGUGGCUGGGAAAAUGGCUUCCUAACAAAGUUUGAAAGAAGAUCACUACUGUCCUUCUCCAAAAUUACAGCCCUGUUCAUAGCUGUUGUUUCCUUGUUCAGAGAGUACUACUGAAGUAACAGGAUCUGCCAUUCGUGUGUAAUCUAGAUAUUGCCACAAACUUCACUUCUCAGCCUUCCUCCAAGCAAUAUCAACAAGAGAAUAAUUUCCUUCCA